AUGGUGUGGAUUAAACCUGAGCAAAUCCUUGUUGGGCAAUCGUUCUGGGUCUGUACGCAUACUGAAGAUUGUUUCAAGAUUCAAAAGAGAAAAGGUAAAGAAACCAGAGGCAUAUCUUCAUUAUUAGUGGCAACGAUUGAUACUGUAUUUGAUACAAGACCUCCACCUUAUAGAAUCAUCUAUGAUUUCAAUAAUGACGACGAUCUCCAGAUAUCCAUAGUUUUGGCUGUUGCUGCUGAGCUUUCCGAGAUAAUGGAGCAUUGGGAAUGGUUGAAACUGAACGUUUGUCCAACAUUAAAAUCCUUCACUCUGGAAAAAGACGCUAGGAGGUAUAUUUUAACCAAAGUCGAAAGUUUAGUCAAUCUGGAUAUGCCUAUCACAGAAGAGGCUGCUCAAGAUGUUCUUGACUCUGUUUCGAAUCGAUCUGUGCAUAUCAAGUUUCAUCAACUUUUUGCCCUACCCACCGAUGAGCGUCUCGUGAAUUAUUAUAAAUGUUGUUAUUGGAAUGGAAAGGUUCCCUAUCAGGGUCAAAUGUAUUUAUCUGUCAAUUUUUUGUGCUUCCAUUCCUUCAUUAUGGGAAGCCAAACUAAAAUAAAGCUCAAAUGGGCUGAUAUAGUGAAGUUGGACAAAGUUUCUUCUUUUAUUUUCUCGCAAGGGUUAACAGUGGUGACGAGGGACAAGUCAUUCGAUUUCUCUAUGUUUAGUGAUUUCCAAGAGACUUACACGUUGGCUUCCCAAUUGGCCAAUAUAGCUAUGAAGCAGCUAAUAGAAGAGGAAGGCUUUCGUGAAGAUCCCAAUCUAGUCCGAAAAGCUUGGAUGGAAAGUUCAAAAAAAAGAGCUAGGAAAAAUUCAAGUUCUUUCCUCAAACGUGACUUGGAUGCCCGCCAUAGAAGUGAUAGCUACAGGUUAGUUAGUUAUUUAUUUUGA